GAUAGCGGACUGGCCCACCAGCAGCUGCACGCUGCCGGCACGCAGAGAACUGGUGUGCGUUCCUGCUUUUCGCCCUCCUGAGCGUCCUCCCUCCCUCUCGCUGCCCGCUGCUGUAUUUGUGCGCGGCAUUGACACGGCCUCGCGGGCGUUGGUGGUGUUGUUUGUCUUUCUGCGCUGCCCGCUUUUGCCAGGUGCGAACGCCAAGCGCUGCCAGUCUCGACGAAAUACCAGCCCACGACCACCACGAUACGUACCGAGGCGCAAGGCGCGCACAGAGCCGGGGUCGAGUGCGAAAUUCGACGAAGAGACGGUGUUGCAGACUGUUGGGCGCGCGCGAAUCCUGCCAGCGUGUCCUCUCCGCCACCGCUCCGCCUUUCCUUCGAACACCACUCGCCCAACGCCCGAGCAGAGCAAGAAGCAGAGUGAGGUCAGGGCGGCGUGUGCCAGGCGCAUCGAGACGACUCCAGCCUCCUCCAAAAACACUCCAUAUACGGGUGACGUCUCGCCUCAGUGCUUGCCGACUUGGGCAACUCUCAUAUCUCGCACUACACAUCCUCAUUGGCUCGUGCUUUUACCAUUUCUCAGCGAAUGAGCUAUUGCCGUCGCCUAGACCCGAAGUCUGUCUUUCUGCACACGCAUCAGCGUUUAACUGCCCGGCCGGUCCAGGCGAAGGCACAGCACGAACUCUGUACAGCCAUCUGUUAUUCUCUGUUUCCUUCCUCACGCCUACCGGCCCCAUCAUUGGUCGACCUCAAUCCACGGCGCGACCCAAUCGCUGUCACAGCAAUUUCCUACCGUCGCCUACUGGCUACAUGGCCUGCCUGAUCUGGUAACUGGCUCAGGACUGUCCAUAUCGUCACAAGCGCUGACAGCGAUCCCGCUGUUCGGCGUCUUGUCAGGCGCCGACGCUGGGCUGUGCGCUGCCCGGUCGUCGCUGAGGCACAAUCCGCACCGGCCGUGGUACGGUAUCAGCUGUCGAGGUGCCUGAACUUGGUUGGAGGCAUGCUGUGCGUUGUCGAACACGUUGACGUUGCAUCAUUCUCCCACUCCGACCAGCUUCAUUGCAUACACCGCAGUUGAUCCGAUCGCCGAACAAUCAGCAACGACGGUCCCAUUGAGCUGCUGCUGUGGAGAGCCACUGGUACCUUGACUCCAUCGACACUAUCACGAGCGACCCGUACUAACUUGCAUGCCUACGACACACCAAACAGAUCUGGUGCGCAUUACUGACAGACGUCGAUGGCCGUGUCUCAAAUCGAGGAGAAGAUCCUUGGUCGACUCGCAAAGUUGACAGAACCAUCAAACCCGCUCCUAUCUGCAUCGCUGUAUCAGGUCCUUGGACUAUCGAUUCUGCUGUCGCGAAAGCUGUACAGGGCUCGCAAACUUCGCAAGCUUGACCUCACCAGGGACACGAAGUCGCUGCAGCUCUAUCAUCACAUCAUUUGGCUUGCUCGAGAAGGACUGUCGAUCACAGAGGCGUACAUCCUACCUUACUGCCAGAAUGGCGAUUACGGACCGGAGUGCCGCGUCAUGGCAGCGAAGCUUCGCGCUUCGCUAUACCAUGUCUUCUGCCUCUUUCAUAAUCACCCGCCGAUCAGCCUGCUCAGUGGUCGAUCUGGAACGUCAAUAAGCCCACCGUCUAAGACGAACACCCCGAAGAACACUGGCAAUGCGGCUGAUUCGCCAACAAAGACAUCACCGAAGGAGUCAGGGAGUCGACGACGAGCAGGUAAAGCUCCUCUGCGAGAUCCCGUGCCGUCUAUUCAAUCCGACGCCUCCUUCGUCACGAACCCAUACGUCGGAACUGCAACACAGACACCGCCGCCUGGACUAGCAAUACUGCCUCCUGAAGGAGCGCGUCGUACUCCAUCGAGACCUCCUGGGCUUGCGCCAAUCAACAUACCAGCGGCACAGUCCGCGGCCUCGUUUCUGCUGCCACCACUGAACUUUGUGCCAAUGGCAAAAGAACAUUUCGAGGCAGCGCAACAGCUAUCGGACAGCCUACUACCAGUGACCCAUGCGUUGCGACUAUCCGUCGCGCUUGAACAUUCGGCGUUUCUCUGGGACUGUGCUAAAGAGCAUGAUCGAUCGAGAUUGCUUGCUCGAAAGACUAUCAAGGAGGUAUACAGUUCUUCCGACGGCCUGGAUGAUGAUGAGUUCGCGGAUGCGUCUGUCCUCGUCCAAGCGCUCGGAGGCAUGGUCAAGCGAGGAUCAAACGAGUCUACACCUCAGCAAAGAAGCUCACAAGCAGGCAGUCCUACGCCUCGGGUACAUCCUCGAACAGCUCCACCUCUGAACAUCGAUCGCACGAUAGCAGUGAGUCCGCCGAGCGCUCGUGGUCAGCCUGCACAGCAGUCACAGCAGCGACGAGCCCCUGCACCGACACAAAUUCCACGCUCAGUCAUGCGAUCGCCGGAGCGACUCUCUACUGUACCAGAGGCAGAAGUGGAGGGCUCAGAAGCAGCACCGGCGUCGACGGUUGGAGCUUUUAGCCCGCCAGUCUCGCGCCUGAGUAGUCGCAGUCAGGCCAAUCGGGCUUCAUCUGUGACCUCGGCCGCUUCAGAUAAGGCGAGCAAGCGGAAGCUCGUAGAGCAAGCUGAGGAGCAGGUCCGACAGCGACAGCGAAGUACCGCGAGUGCGAGUGCGAGUGGUGGCAGCAGACGUGGCAGCGGAAGCGGUGGUUCAGCAGCUCAUAGCCGGCAGCAAACGCCGACUGAAGGGUACGUCCGACCCCAACCACCCCAGCAGCAAAGGUCCCAUCAGUCGAGCUCGAGUUCGUCAUCCAAGAAGCAGAGAAGUCAGCAUCAGUCGAGAUCUACACAGCAGCAACAGCAGCAGCAGGAACCGAAGUCAAAGCAGAGCGAGUCUCGGACAAGUUCGAGCUCAAAGAGGCCAAAGCGAUGACGGGAAGAACUGCAUUCUGAGCGCUGUUGCGAAAAAGAGUUGAGAGCAAAAGCAAACCAGAUCCUAACACUAUUCCUUCCUUAACAGAUACUCCAUCCGAGCCUCCGCUUCAACACCACGGACCUCACCUCCACCGACAAUGACAAAAACUACACCCAACCACUCUCCGACAAUCCCGCAUCCGGCGCCUCCGCCACUGCCAAAAGAGUACCUCCGAGCUCUGCAAGAGGAAGCUGUCACCGAAGGACGAAGAGUCGAAGAGAACGAGCGACGCGAAGCAAUUCUGAGAACCCUGCAGAUCUUGGGUGCUGUGGAAAGAGGUUUGUAUGUUCCGGAUGAAUCACCCAGGAGGAGUGGAAGAGAUGGAGGGAGUAAUACUAGGAGGGGUAAGCAGAGAUGAUGAAUGCCAGCGACGACUUGAUGGACAUAAUGAAUCACUAUGGGUGAGGUGAAUAUCUGGCGACAGAAAGGCGCAUGGCAUGACUGGGACUUGAAGCGGUAAUGUCGAUGCGAUUGAAGAGAUCUGGUAUAAUACUGCUGCAGCAUGCGAUUGAUACCCUGCAUGGCGCUCUUGGCGAGUUCGCGAAAUUCCUUGUUACAGAAGGUGGAUGUGUGUAUAGUUGCAUAACUCUAUGCAUAGCGAAGUAAUCAAUUCACCUGGUUCUCACACGAACCCUCCAUCCCUUCCUACCCUGUUGGAAGGAAGGACAAAUCUAAAUGAUCUUGAAUACCCGUCAGUCUCAGAGAUCCCAAAUAUUCGGACUCG